AUGGAGCGAAGUUCAACACGUUCUACCCGUACCAAGUGCCUCGCCUGUCGCAGCCCUUCUCACCGCGUCGCACAAUGCCCUACAAGGGCCCAGCAUCCACCGCCAGGCCCGUGUCGCUCCUGCAAGAAGAAGGACCACUGGUCUUUCGACUGCAAAAAGGCUCUUGAGGACGGGAAAACGCCCGACACCUCUGAUGCGCAACACCAUGUCGGAUGUCUCGCCACCGGUCUUCUCGCACAUCGUCGUCAGCUUCGCAACAACUCCUUCGUCGUCGACUCGGGUGCCACUUCGCACAUGGUCUCGGACAAGUCGCUGUUCACGGCCUAUCGCCACAUCGCUCCUACGAAGAUUGGUGGUAUUGCAGGGGGCAUCAACGCCGUCGGAACGGGAAACAUCGCCUUUGUUGCCGCCUCCGGUCACCCGAUCACGCUUACCGGCGUGCUGCACACCCCGGGCCUGUCUGUCAACCUCCUCUCGGUCUCUCGACUUUGCGACACCGACGAUGUCCGUGUCGCCUUCACGAAGCACGGCAUCCAUAUCGACAAGAACGGCAAUGCUAUCGCUGAAGGCGCAAGACUCGAGGAAGGGCUCUACUUGCUGGACGCUGAUCAUUCCAAAUGUCAGCAUCUCGCUCUCCUCUCUCGCUCACAGUCUUCCGUGCCCCUGCUGACCCUUCACCGCUGCCUCGGCCAUCUCGCACCGUCGUCCAUACAGAAGAUGGUUGCCGCUGGUUUGCUGGAAGGUCUCGGGGCCGGAUAUAGUGACGAAGAGGUAGAGAAGUUUGUCUGCAAUGCUUGCCUCAGUGCAAAGGGCCAUCGUCUUCCUUUUUCCCGAUUCGGACUCGCACUCCUCAGAGAGACUCGGCCUCGUACACAGCGAUGUGCUUUCCUUUCCCGAGUCGUCCUUGACUGGCAAGCGUUACCUGGUCACGUUUCUUGACGACUUCUCGCGCAAACUGUGGGCAUACGCGAUCGGACACAAAAGCGAAGUCUUUGGCGUGUUCAAGACAUGGCUUGCCGAGGUCGAACUCGAGACGGAUGCAAAACUGAAGGUCCUCCGAACCGACAAUGGUGGCGAAUACUGUUCGAGAGCGUUCACGGAAUUCUGUAAGGCACGCGGCACACGUCGACAAUACUCUAUCCCUCGAACGCCUCAACAGAACGGUCGUGCCGAACGAGUCAAUCGUUCUAUCGUCGAAGGUGUCCUUGCCCUCCUUGCAGACGCCCACUUACCCAAAUCAUUCUGGGAGGAGGCAGCAGCUUAUUUCGUCUACUGCAAGAACCUGUGCGAACACUCGGCCCUGGACAAGGCAACACCGAACUUCGCCUGGCAGGGCGACCGCACCAACGCCUCGGCGCUUCACCCGUUCGGCUGCACGGCUUGGCUCACAGUCGCGCCUGAACUUCGCUCGAAACUCGACCCGAAAGCGGUUCGCGUUCUCUUCACCGGCUAUGACCUGGCUUCUAAAGCCUUCCGUUUCUACGACACGACGACCAAGAAGAUCAGUUUGGGCAGAAAUGCCAGGUUCCUCGACAACGAAUUUCCCGGGUUACGUAGCGACUCCACCGAGCAAGACGCCGACACGCACUUCGCCAGCGCUUGCCCGACCACCGAAUCCCAAGCCGUUGUCAAGACAUGGACCCCACUAGUAAGGUCGGCGCACAUGGACGUCUCAUCCUCUCUUGAUGACUCUGCCAUGAGCGCCGUUGACGUGGCCCCAGGGUACACUGGCGGAACCUUACUUAAUUCCACAGAUGCCGAAUCGUCCUCGUCACCGUCUCCUGAGCCGUCCUCGUCACCGUCGCCCGCAACUCCCUUGUCACCGUCGCCUGCGCUGUCACCGUCGUUGGCUGCGUCAUCGUCACCCUCGGCCUUACCGACCGACUCUGACUACUCCGCCGACCCUCUGGACCUCAUCGGCUCACAGACCCCGACUCGCCUCGGCCCACCGGACGUGCACCGCCCAGACUUCAGCACGUACCGUGAGCCCGCAUCGGCUGAGGAGUCGCCCGACGAACUCGACAUCAUUGGGCGCCACUCGCGCGAUGAAUCGCCGGACGAAAUCGAUUUCCUCACCCAACACCACCGCGCCUUCAUCGCCACCGACGACGACAACUCUGACACAGAAGCCAUUCAACCAGUCAAGUCCAUCACCAGCGACCCACAGACAUGGCGCGAGGCAAUGUCGAGUGACAAGCGCGAAGUGUGGGCCAAGGCCGCUACCGACGAGUUCAAUUCCAUGCGCGACGACUUCAAGGUCUUCACCAUCGAGGACCGAUCCACGGUACCAGCGGGUGCGACCAUCGUCACAUCCAAGUUCGUCUGGAAAACGAAACGGAAUGCACUCGGCGAAGUCACCGGCCACAAGGCACGGCUCGUGGCGCAGGGAAAUCGGCAACGCGACGGCAUCGACUUCAACGAAACCUUCGCACCAGUCGCACGCUUCUCCUCGAUACGCUCACUCCUCGCGCUGGCGGCCGCCAACGGCUUGCACGUGCACCAGGCGGACAUCGACAAAGCCUAUCUGCAUGGCGACCUUGACCAUGACAUCUGGAUGACGACACCGCGCGGCUUCGACCUUCCCACCGACAAGGUGCUUCGUCUGCGACGCUCCAUCUACGGACUCAAACAGGCUGGCCGAAUCUGGAAUCGACACAUCGACGCAUCGCUUCGAGAUCUCGGCUAUACGGCGACGGGCACCGACCACUGCGUGUACUCUCGGAUCGACGAUCGGCGACGCCCACACUACAUCGCGCUGUACGUCGACGACCUCCUGAUGAUCAGCCCCGACUUGGCCGAAAUUGAACGUGUCAUCUCGGGCCUCGAACAACGCUACGGCGUCAAGCGCCUCGGCCCGGCAGAGUACAUCCUCGGCAUCCAGAUCAGGCGACUCGAAGACGGUUCUAUUGCCCUGUCCCAGGAACGGUACAUCAUGGACGUGCUUGCUCGGUUCCACUUCGACACCACGACUCGCGGCACUACAGUCCCGAUGACCCCCGGCCUUUCGCUCACCGCCAUCCCGGGUCAAGGCACCGAACGGAUCAGGUCAUGGUAUCUGCAGGCUAUCGGCUCGCUCCUCUACAUUUCGCUCGGCACCCGCCCCGACAUCGCCUUCGCCGUGUCCUACCUGGCCCGCUUCGCCAACAACCCUGGACGUCGUCACUGGAUCGCGGUCAAGCACAUCCUCCGCUAUCUCCGGGCCACAUAUCGCGACGAACUGGUUUAUGCUUGCGGCGAGACACGCAUCACGGGCGUGGUUGGCUACUCCGACGCGAACUGGGGGGCCUGCGUCGAUACGUCGGUGUCCACUAUGGGCUACGUCUUCUACAUUGCCGGAUCCGCCGUGUCUUGGUCGUCCAAGCGUCAAUCUCGAGUUGCCGAUUCUACCACCGACGCUGAAUACCUCGCCCUCUCGCAUGCUGGCAAGGAAGGGAUCUACCUCAGUCAGCUGCUCGAGGAGCUCCAUGUCCAACCUGUUGCACCGGCUCACAUUUUUACUGACAAUGAAGCCGCUGCCGCAGUUGCCCACGACCCUGUCCGCGUCUCCGGCACUCGACACAUACGCUUGCGCGAGCACUUUGUUCGGGACAUGGUGAAUCGGGGCGAUAUCUCACUCUCGCAUGUGGGAACCAGCAACAUGGUGGCCGACAUCUUCACAAAGGCUCUUGGCCCAAAGAUUUUCUCGACACACUGCUACGCACUAGGCCUUCGCACUCGACACCCACGGCUUGGAUCUGCCUCGCAUUCGCGUGGGGGGGGUGUGAAGAGUCCACUCUCAGCUCGACAGGGGCGCCUCGGUCGUUGCGCGCGCCUGCUAGCCUGGCCCCUGUGGUGGGGACUUAGGCGCGCGCGAGUGCCUCAGCGCGCCGGCGCCGGCGGUUUUCGGGCGCGCGCCGCUAGCCCGCCCUUGCAGUGGGGACUUAGCCGCGCGCGACUGCCUCAGCGCUCCAGCGAUUUCGCCCGCGCCUGGGCAUAUCCCAGCGCGGGCCACCUUUCCAUUUCUUAGCUUCCUUCUCAUCACUUCUGUUCGACUCUCGACUUCUCCUGACAGUAGUGGUGAUCAUCUCAUAGGUACGCUGAAAUAGAUCACUUCUGUUCGACUCUCGACUUCUCCUGACAGUAGUGGUGAUCAUCUCAUAAUCUGUACCGCCGGGCGCCACCAUCGUCACCUCCAAAUUCGUCUGGAAGACCAAGCGCAACGCAAGCGGUGAAGUCACGGGGCGGAAGGCACGUCUUGUAGCGCAGGGUAACCGACAGCGCGACGGCAUCGACUUCUCAGAAACCUUCGCACCCGUCGCCCGUUUCUCCUCCAUUCGCUGCCUCCUGGCUCUUGCCGCUGCCAAUGGCUACCACGUUCAUCAGGCCGACAUCGACAAGGCUUACCUCCACGGCGAGCUCGAUCAUGAUAUCUGGAUGACGACACCACGCGGUUUCGACUUCCCGAGCGAUAAGGUUCUCCGGCUGCGACGCUCAAUCUACGGUCUCAAGCAGGCCGGUCGCAUCUGGAAUCGUCACAUUGACACAUCACUCAGGAAUCUGGGGUACAAGGCAACAGGCACUGAUCACUGCAUUUACUCUCGCAUUGACGAUCAGCAGCGGCCUCACUAUAUCGCCUUGUAUGUCGACGACCUCCUCAUUGUCAGUCCAGCCCUCGACGAGAUCGAACGUGUCAUCUCCGGCCUUGAACAGCGGUACGGCGUCAAACGACUCGGCCCCGCGGAGUACAUCCUCGGAAUCCAAAUACGCCGCCUGGACGACGGUUCCAUUGCUCUAUCCCAGGAGCGCUACAUCAUGGACGUGCUGGCCCGUUUCCACUUCGACACCACGACACGCGGCACUACGGUGCCGAUGACGCCCGGCCUCUCGCUCACGGCAAUUCCGGGUCAGGGAACGGAGCGCAUUCGUUCGUGGUACCUACAGGCCAUCGGCUCCCUCCUCUACAUCUCCCUUGGCACUCGACCCGACAUUGCCUUCGCCGUCUCGUACCUGUCCCGGUUCGCCAACAACCCCGGCCGCCGCCAUUGGAUUGCCGUCAAACACGUCCUUCGCUACCUUCGCGCCACGUACCGCGAUGAGCUUCUCUAUGCCCGCGGCCCAGCAAAAGUCACGGGUGUGGUUGGUUAUUCUGAUGCGAACUGGGGCGCCUGCGUCGACACAUCCAUUUCAACGAUGGGCUACGUAUUUUACUUGGCAGGCGCCGCUGUCUCUUGGUCGUCGAAGCGUCAGACUCGGGUAGCGGAUUCCACCACUGAUGCCGAGUACCUGGCCUUGUCGCACGCGGGUAAGGAAGCGAUCUACCUUAACCAACUCCUCUCCGAGCUCCACGUUUGCCCAAUCGCUGCAGCUCACAUCUUCACCGACAACGAGGCCGCGGCCGCCGUCGCUCACGACCCCGUUCGCACCUCCGGUGACAGGCAACGUCGGAGGGGAUGA